GACGGUGCGGCGCCGCCUGGGCCGCCCCUCCAGGAUGCUGGUCAUCAGCCUGGCCACCGCGGACGCCCUGAACGGCGUCAUGCUUUUCCAGUACCACCUCUCUCAGAACGUGUGUCCGCUGGCGCACUGGGUGGCGCAGCACCGCGCCGUCUGCCUGGCCAAGUUCGUGGGUGCCGUGUUCGUCGGCAUGGCCUCCAUCAACUCCCUGGCGGCCAUCGGCUACGACCGCUACCUGUGCAUCGUGCACAGCCUGCGCUACCAGCACAUCAUGACCACCAGGCGCGCCUGGGUGCUCAUCGGCCUGGUGUGGUCCGUGUCGGCGGCGGGCUCCGCGACGCUGCUGCUGGGCAACCGCUGGCAGCCCCCGGAGACGCCGUGCGUGGACGCGUCCCUGCUGCAGAAGGGCAUCCUGCUGCUGGUCAUCGUGCCCGUCAACAUGACGGACCUCGCCAUCAUCGCCGUCACCCACAUCUACAUCCGCAGAGAGGUGGGCCGCAGCGUGGCCAUGCUGCCCCUGAUGCCGGACGCCGGCCGCCCAGCCCGGCUGUCGGGGGACUCGGCCACGUCGUCCACGUCCACGUCCACCCGGGGCGCCUCGAGCCCGCCGCCGGACCGCCGCCUCAGCGCGGGCACCAUCAAGUCUGCGCAGGUGCUGCUGCUGGUGGUGGGCUGCUACGUGCUCGCCUUCACGCCCGUGCUCGUCGUCAUGCUGCUGCGGCUGGCAGGGGUCGGCGGCGAGCACGAGAUGGAGUGGGCCUUCCGUUUCGGGUACACCGUGGCGGGGCUGCACAACGUCGUGAACCCCUUCAUCUACGCCUGGAAGAACAAGCCACUCAAGGCGGACGUGGUGCGUCUGUGGAGCGCGCUGCGGGGCCGGGGGUCGCUGUCGCGGGCAGCGGCGUGGUGA